AUGGUCUCCCAUCACGGUUGGACGGGUUUGUUUGGAGCUGAACCGGUAGUCCAGUCUGCCCCAGUCUGCUCCAGUCUCAGACCAGACCCGGACCAAAGACCGCAGCAGGAUCAUGGCGCAGAGCCUGGUGGAGCGGCUCUUGGUGCUGCUCUACGCCACAGAAACAGAUGCCCUGCUCUGGCUCUUCUGUCUCUGCGGGGGGCCGAGUCCAACAAGAGGUUGCCCCCGGUCCGCGACCCGCUGUUGCUGGAGUCCGCUACGCAGCUGGCGCAGAAGAUCAGGCGCAGAGAGACAUCAGGGGAAAGAGAAAGGAGGAAGAGGCGGAGCCUGACUUAA